AUGCCUCGGGCACUAUGGAAUGAUGUACAAGAUGUCACACACAAUGAUGUACAAGAUGUUACACACAAUGAUGUACAAGAUGUCAUACACAAUGAUGUACAAGAUGUUACACAGAAUAAUGUACAAGAUGUCACACACAAUUAUGUACAAGAUGUCACACACAAUGAUGUACAAGAUGUUACACACAAUGAUGUACAAGAUGACACACACAAUGAUGUACAAGAUGUCACACACAAUAAUGUACAAGAUGUUACACACAAUGAUGUACAAGAUGACACAUACAGUGAUGUACAAGAUGUCACACACAAUGAUGUACAAGAUAUUACACACAAUGAUGUACAAGAUGUUACACACAAUGAUGUACAAGAUGUCACACACAAUGAUGUACAAGAUGUUACACACAAUGAUGUACAAGAUGUCACACACAAUGAUGUACAAUAUCACACACACACAAUGAUGUACAAGAUGUCACACACAAUGAUGUACAAGAUGGUACAUAGUUAUGGAUGCACCCCGUCCCUCUGUUUUAGACUAGUAUAUUAA